CAUCAUUGAGCUGUGCUGAACGGAGCUGCUUCAAUCCACAUCUGGAAUACACUGGCAUCUGCUGAAAUUUACUGUCAUCUAUUCAUCAGGUCUGUCAUCAUGUUUCAGGAUAAAGCGCAGCAGCGAUGGACGUGCAGACGUUCUGAGUGACAGGUUCGUUGUGUAGCACAGGCGCCCCCUGCUGAAGGCUGAGUGGCAUGAGCACGUGCGGGAGGAAGGCUCUGACCCUGCUCAGCAGUGUGUUUGCAGUAUGCAGUCUGGGGCUGCUGGGGAUCGCCGUCAGCACUGACUACUGGCUGUACCUGGAGGAGGGCGUCAUACUGCCGCUGAACCAGACCACUGACAUACGCAUGUCCAUACACUCUGGCCUGUGGAGGGUCUGCUUCCUCACAGGUGAGGAGAGGGGCCGUUGUUUCACGAUCGAGUAUGUGAUGCCCAUGAGUGUUCAACUGACCAGUGAAUCCACCAUCAGUGUACUGAAGAUGAUCCGCUCUGCGACACCGUUCCCGCUGGUCAGUUUGUUCUUCAUGUUCAUUGGUUUUGUGCUCAAUAAUAUCGGACACAUUCGGCCUCACCACACCAUACUGGCCUUUGUCUCUGGAAUCUUCUUCAUCCUGUCAGGUCUGUCUCUGGUGGUGGGUUUGGUUCUCUACAUCUCCAGUAUCAAUGAUGAGAUGUUGAACAGGACUAAGAGUAAUGAGGCGUAUUUCAGCUAUAAGUACGGUUGGUCCUUUGCGUUUGCUGCCAUCUCCUUCCUGCUCACUGAGAGUGCAGGUGUGAUGUCUGUGUACCUGUUCAUGAAGCGUUACACAGCAGAGGAGAUGUAUCAACCGCAUCCAAGCUUUUACCGCCCGCGCCUCAGCAACUGCUCUGAUCACUCGGGUCAGUUCCUACAUCCCGAUGCCUGGACACGCAGACGCAGCCCCUCAGACAUAUCCAGUAACGCCUCGCUGCAGAUGAACGCCAGCUACCCCGCACUGCUCAAGUGCCCUGAAUAUGAUCAGGUGUCUUCCUCGCCAUGCUGAACAACAGGACGGGUGUACGGACAGAUGGAUGGACUGUAGUAUGCUGUGGAUGGAUGGAUGGAUGGACAGUAGUAUGCAGUAAAUGGAUGGAUGGAUGGAUGAAUGGACAGUAGUAAGCAAUGGAUGGAUGGAUGGAUGGUAGUAAGCAAUGAUUAGGUGGCUGGAUGAAUGGAUGGACGGACGGACGGAUAGAUGGAUGGAUAGACGGAUGGCUGGACAGUAGUAAGCGAUGGAUGAUAGAUUGAUUGGGAUGGAUAGACGGAUGGAUGGACAGUAGUAAGCGAUGGAUGAUAGAUUGAUUGGGAUGGAUGGAUGGAUUGAUGGACAGUAGUAAGCAAUGAUUAGGUGGAUGGAUAAAUGGAUGUAUGGAUGGAUGGACAGUAGUAUUCAGUGACAGGGUUCCCAUGCGUCCUGGAAAACCUAAAAUUUUGCAAUGCACUUUUCCAAUAAUGGAAAAGUCAUGGAAAAUGAGAAAAAAAAAUAAAUGUCCUGGAAAAUAAUUAUUUGUCCUGGAAAAUAUUUUAGUAUAUAAAACUGUUUGACUGUGUCAGUAACAAGGUAACAAACACUGUAAUGAUCUGGAUUCAGGACAGGUGUCAUAUACAAAUUUGUAUCGUUUUGUCACUGCUGGUGGCUGCACAUUGUAAAACAACAUCAGCUGUUUACUGUCAUUAACGAAGCCCUGUCAUGUUCAUUUUCUGCUCAUCUUCUGUCAUCUCUGCUUUGCUCUGACUAAAUAGUUUAAGUAAGUGUUAGGGUUAGGUAUUGAAAUAUGAUGUAUUCAUCCCAACAUUGGUGUAGUGUUAAUUACAAAAACAUUUAAGUUGUAAACUUUAGACAAUAGCCCUAUUUGGACAGUAAUUGCUUCUCAGGGUGACAUCUGUAAAAGUACAUUUAUUCACGGUGGAGGACUGAGUUUGUAAGUGUGAUCCUACAAACAAGUAAAUUUGCUUCUCGCAUGGUCAGUCGCUAGUAAUAUUUGUAGGUCUAGUUGACCGCUAGCUGUGGAUGAUAUUUCAGUUGCGUUUGUAAGGCGAUAGCAGAGGAAAAUUCCUCUGUCCACUAACUGCGUCCUGUGAAUUUUGUGCAAAUACAUUUUCAAAUAUAGGCUAUGCAAAUAUAUUUGGAAUUACGCUAAAGUGUAAAUACGGAGUGCUUUGUUCAUGCUAUCGUUCCUCACACACUGAGAUGAGAGCGCUUCAUCUCAGUUAUGCACAUCUCUCUAAAGCACACACACAGGCAUGCAUACACAAGCGUGUAUACCAUGUACAGUAUAGUAUGGAAAAUGUGAAAAAUAUUGGGAAAAAGUUUACGCCGUGUCUGUUUUGCCUUUUUCUUCUAUGUAAGAACCCCCCUCUCUCUGUGGUGGAGCAGCUAUGUAAAUUUAUUAAUGUGAAUGCUUUCCAACAUUUCUCUGAUACAAACCUCCAUUGUAUUAAAUAUACACAUGCACAUUACCGUGCGUCUUGUCAAAUAGUAACCAUAUGGUUGGCAGAGGUCAAAAAAGCAUUUCCAAAAAGGCUUUUGAAUUGACUCCUGCUUUUAAAUUCAGAGAUGCGGAUUCGGAUGGAAAUUAAAUUACAACACGACCAGUGCUGGGCGGAUUACUUGUGAAUUGUUAUCAGGUACCGAUUAUAUAUGACAUGACAAAAAAUGCAAUCAGUAAUUGUAAUCUUGUAUUCAAGAUUGUAAUCAGUAAUUAAUCAGUAAUUAAUCUUGUAGAUUAAAUUUUUUUGGUAAUCUAAUCCAAUUACAUUUGGAUUACUUUCAACCGAUAAAUUCAGAUAAAAUUAUUGUAAAUGUAAAAUUAUUAAGGACGUUUUCAUAUUUUCAGUUUUUCCCCAGUGAUGCUUAUAGAGGUCUAGCCCUCCACCAAUGACACAAAUAUGUUUGAGUUUAACAGGCAUUUCUUAUUGGAGUUUCUAAAAUUAUGGACAGGUUCCCAGGGCACGUUACACGUGGUCAUGCAAUUUCGCCAUUUUACAAAAGCCAUCCACGUGUGGUAAGAGAUCAGAUCAGUUAUAUUUGUGUAUCAACAUCAUAAAAACAUCUCAAAGUUAACACUACACCAAAAGUGUAUUCAUACCCAUUUGUG